AUGGCAGACGGGCUUUGUUGUACUCAGGUGAGUUCGUGUCUUGUUCCAGGUGAAAGCCCCACUAAACUGAUCCGAGGUCAGCCCGUCCAACGUGACAGACACACGACACUGUUAGCUGAAAUGCGACAUGAGACUUCCGUCUUCAACACUCUCCUCCUACUGUCUCUGUGGGUGACGUCAUGGAGGCUGAGCCCCGGUAUAAAAUGGGUGGUUGGGAAGCAGCUGACACCAUUGAAAGCACCAGCAUCGACCACAGGAGGUGGAUUUGACCGGAUCCUGCACGGCACUCUUCUUUCCAGCAAAGUCAAUCAUGUGCAAAAUGACCAUCGUCCACCUGGGAGUGAUUGUCUAUGCCAUUUGUUUAACAACACAGGUGUUCUCCCAGAACAGUACAGUCACCAGUACAUGGAUGAAUUCCUCCAACAGCACCCCCACCAUGGCCACAGACAUGUACAUCGGCUCGACCAACUCCACUUCCUCCCCCACCGGAGCGGGCAUCUCGCUGCACACCUCCGCUUCUUCCUCCGCCCUGUUCCCCAUGCUAGUUGCGUUGACUUCUUUCCUGCAGAGCCUCUCUUGAAAGUUCCUCGUUUCCAAAUAACCCGCCCCCCCCACUAUCCCAACACUGCAUCAGACAUGGACGAGUGAAGUAAUAUUCCUAACCAAAAUAUGUAAUCAAGAAAAGGGGGGGGGAGUUGUGGUGGGGGGGUGCAGGCUGAACCCCUAAUUCUCCCUUUUUGCAGGGCAUGAAAAAUGCACCUUUGGCCUUUCCAUUGCCACGUUGGAGAUGCUCUGGUCUGCACUUAAAAUGUCCCCAAUCAAAAUUGUGGACCGCUUUUUUUUUUUUGUUCUGUGGCUUCAACUCUACCCAGGCUAUCAAUAUUCCGCUAGCUUUUGGCUCUAAAGUUUGAGAGUAUUUAAUAACUGAAUGAGCCAAAUGAGUUGUUUCCCUCUUUUAAUUUGGCGGCGCCAUCUUUAUAGUCAAAAUGUCACUUGUAUGUAGCAAUUCGUCCAAUGUGGAUUUUUUUUUUUUCCAGAAUAUCCAUUUCCUCUUUUACCAACUGACCCAGGAAAUGACUGACCUACCACAUGGGCAGUGUUAAUAUUAGAUUUCCCCUUUACAGCUUCUAUUUUGUACAAAAUGUCUUGUGUAUUAGUUUGACUUAUAAAUUAUGUACAAUAAAUUGCUGAAAAAGAA